AUGGAUCUGGCGAGGUUCGCAGCUAGCCUCACCUCCAAAGCGCUGCCAAAGAGCUUAUACAGCUCUCUCCCUAUUCUUGUGCUCCACAUCGUCACAGCCAUGCUGACCGGCAUGGUUCAACCUGUCUACAAGUCUUCGACGGAGGCACUAACAACUAUCCACGGCAACGGCGGACCCCAGUCAGUCGCAGCCAUAGACGGCUUAGAGACCACAAUCUUUGGCGCGAUGUAUCUCAACGGUAUCGCAGCCGGCGCAUUCCAAAUAGAGCAUGUCCUGCUGAACGCGCAUCCGUCCUCCUCCGUCCUCCCCGCUCUGCUAGUCUACGCCUCCGCUAGGAACGCAACCACCACCGGCGAGGACUUCCUCACCGCGCUCGCCGCAGGGUAUAAAGUCUGCGCGCGUAUCGGCCUCGCGUCAGGCGCCUCAGUAGAAGACGAGCGCGGAUUCCACAACCCGGCCAUCAACGGGCAGCUCGCAGCCGUGGCGGCGGUCGGUAACCUCCUCGGCUGGGACGCUGAGACCAUUGCCUCCGCCAUGGGGUUCGCGGCGUCGAGCUCGGGCGGGCUCGUGGCUUUCCAGACGACAGAUGCCAAGACAAAGCAGAUUCAUCCGGGCCACGGCAGGCCUUUGGGCAUCGAGGCUGCGCUCAUGGCCCACGCCGGUGUUACGGGUCCGCCUGGUGUCUUGGAGAACGAGAUGGGGUUUCUGCACGCUUUCUCGACGGAACCGAACGCCACCGCUCUCACGGAUCCGAUCGGUGACCGAUGGGAUUGCGAGGCGACGACGGCGAAGCACUACCCCAUGCACUCGAGAUUCCAGACGCUCGUCUCCGUCAUCCAGGAUUACAAGAAGCAAGACCCUUGGGACAAGGAGAUCAAGGGUGUCACAGCCUACGUCGGCCCUCGCCUAUUGCGACAAGCGCAUCAGAUCGCUCACCCCGAGACACUAGACCAAGCACAGUACAGCAUCCUGUUCUGCCUCGCCGCCUCGGUACUGCUGGACUUGAGCAGUCCGAUCAUCCCCAAGUUUCUGGUUCUGCGCCUUGUCCUCCUCACGAAGCUGGUCAAAGCUAGCCUUCAGAUCUUCACUCGGCACCAGCUUCCUCGACUUAAGUACGAACUUGUCAAGCUUCUUGUUCAGCUCCUUGGUAUCGUGUUCAUCGAAAGCAUCAGCGAUAUCCUCAAUGAUGGUCUGUGA